AUAUAUGACAGUAAAAGAGUAUCAUAACUAAAGAACUUCUUGUCCUCAUAGGCCACCAUUACUUUGCAGACAGGGCUGAUAACAUAACACCGCUCUUCACUGUGAUUGAACCAUGUGUUUCCCUUUAAGUAGAGGUCAGAGGUCACCUUAAGUGCAGUAUGUUUUUAAACUGGCUUUGACACUGACCCAAAUUCUUAUCAGCUUGUUGAAGUAGGAAACAUUUGCCAUAAGUUAAUGCUAGUAACAAGCACAUAGGCUGUAUAUAGGCAAAGGAAUCACACAGUUCAGCUCUCGUUUAGGAAAACUAAUUCUAUUGUAUUAGGACAUGAAGCAUUUUUUGGCUAAUCUCUACUAAGACCAGAGAUCAGUCAAAUAUGCUCCUGUGACUGGAUAAAACUCGAGUUGGUACCAUGCACCAUGUUUGCCCUGCAGCAGGCUCCAGACUAAAAUGAGCAGACCUCACACUGGUCUUUUCUUAGCUGUAAGCGGUCAUUCUCCCUCUGUGUGCUCCUUUUGUGAAUGUUAGUGAGCAAAGUUUGUGUAUAACUUGCCGUGAGACAAAAUAUAAUCUUGUUAAAGUAAAGUCAGAGCAAAUACUGACACAGUCACCCUGCUCACAAACACACACACACACACACACACACUCCUGCGGAUACUAAGGAAACAGAGCGUUUACUGUCUGUUUCGGGGGUCCUGUUUUUCUUCCUCCCUUUUCCUCCCACAUCUCUCCCUCUCCUUCGUUUUCCUUGAAAGUAUCGUGAACGCGCUCUGUAGGCCGUUAUUAAAGGGGCGGACCUUGAUGCGCGGUCACGCGCGCCACCGCUCCGGUGGUUUUGACUGUCACAUAAAAGUGCGCGUCCCACCGGCCGACCGGCGGAUCUCUGCCUCUGCUCCCUGACAGACCGGACCGGAACCAGCGGCGGUAAAACACUAACAGCCUUUACAUUUUUAGCAUCGAUUUCUGAAGAGGUCAAGUUUGCUGUAGAUAAUCUCGUGUGCGCUCCUGUUGUUUGUGUUAUUGUAAGAAAGCAGGUCAGUCCAGAUAGGAUUGGGGGGCUGACAAGUUCUUGGGAAAAGGGUCUUACUAUCUCACGGUUUAAAAUGAUCUCAGUUCAGUUGUAUUAAGUCACAUGAGGGGUCUUUGUUAAGGCGUCUGCAAGUCCUUUGUUCUGUGUGAAUGUUUAUUAAAACUCGACAUCCAUUGUUUCCUCCCCCAGCCGACAAAACCAGCCGCUCAGCUUGAAGACGCCUCGCGGGAAAACACGUGAGAUCAGCGGACGUCUCGCAGGUAUGCAGGCAAAACUUAUCUACUGUGUUAAAGUUUACAAAGUGCAUGUACAUUUUUAAAAUGUACUUGCUUGCUUGCAGGUUGCGCAUGAAGCCUACUCCGCAUGCAAACAAUCCAAAUAAUUUAAUUUCCCUCCUUAAUGUCCAUUUUUCUGCAGCAGGACUACCCCCUCCCCACGUCCACAGCUUGCCUUGUAGAAAGCCUGAGCUGUGUUGCUGCCUCAUCUGAUAGAGCUGCUGGAUGGCUGCAUUGUUCUCAAUCCUUUGAAUUUAGAUAAUGUUCAUUGUCUUGUGUCUGUUUAUUAUAUAAUAUGUAUUCGAUUCUGUUUCCACCUUCACCCCAAACCCACCCCUUUGCCUGUUCAUGCAUCAGUGUGUUCCAGAAAUCCAUCCUCAGUAGCCUCCACCUUGAGUGGGAUGCAGAGGAGUAUGAGAGCAGGAGUGGAUAUUUGAUGCCACUUGGCAACAGUUGCCUAUGUAAGAAGUGUGGCAUAUUCAGUUAUGGGGGAUUCGAUCUUCAACUGCUGUUAUGUCCCACCCCACCCCCCAGGCGACAGGGAGCCCCCCAGGUCCAGACGCACGGACAUCAUGACCUCCCACAUCCCCUCCGACAAGCGCUUCCUCAUCUUCUUCGACUUCGAUGAGACGAUCGUGGAUGAAACCAGCGAUGACAUGGUGGUGCAGGCCGCCCCGGGUCAGCACCUCCCGGGCUGGCUGAAGGACACCUACCAGCCGGGCCGCUACAACGAGUACAUGCAGCGCGUGCUGGCCUACCUGGCGGAGCAGGGCGUCACGGAGAGCGACAUACGCAACGUCAUGGAGAAGAUGCCGGCCACCCCCGGCAUGAUAACCCUCUUCCAGUUCCUGCGCACGCGGCCACAGACAGACUUUGAGGUGGUGCUCUUGUCUGAUGCAAACACCUUUUUCAUCGAGUCCUGGCUGCGGCGCGCGGGGGCCCGCCAGCUCUUCCACCGCAUCUUCACCAACCCGUCCACCUUCAACAAGGACGGACGGCUUGUGAUGCGGCCCUUCCACUCCCACGACUGCCAACGGUGCCCCGAUAACAUGUGUAAGCAGGUGGUGGUCCGGGACUACGUGGCCCGCAGGACGCAGGAGAGGGGCCGUCCGUACCAGAGGGUGUUCUACGUGGGGGACGGAGCCAAUGACUUCUGCCCGGCGCUCUCCCUCGGGCCCCGGGACGUGGCUUUCCCGCGGAGGGACUUCCCCAUGCACCGGCUGAUCACAGAAACCCACGAGGCCAUGCCCGGGGAGUUCAAAGCGGUCACUGUGCCGUGGGUGAACGCGGAGGAAGUGGUGAACCGGCUUAGGAAGUACGUGACAGAGUAGAGGGUCACAGAAAGAAGGCGAGAUUAAGGGGGGUAAAGACUUUUUCAGUCAGAUUCUCAGGUAACUUACCCAAAACACAUCUGAAAGGCAAUAAAACCAUUUAUCCUAUAGCCUGCACGUGCCUUCAGCGUCUCACGUUUUGGUUCAAAGGUCACAGGCCCAGUUUAUUAUCAAGAGGUUAAUAAUUAAACCUGUUGACCACGUGACAUAAUCAGGCUAUCCUUGACCCACGCAAGUAUAUAUAUACUUCUAUGCAAAGAUACAUCUUCACAGGCUGUUAGUGUGUGAAUGUCCUUCAGUAUGACUUGUGUUGCCUUGAAAGAGGAUCAGCAGGGGAAUCAGCAAAAGUACUUCAGUAGAAUUAUUGUAAAUGUUAUAUGGACAAUAUGAGUGGUAUCCUUUGAUUAACAAGAUAUCUAAGUGUGUUUCCUUCAAACUGCACUUUAAAUAUAUAGAAAUAUAUUAAAGCUCUAGUCUCAGUAUGUGAAACCAGACCAACGCUGCCAAUUAAUGGCACUGGGCAUUUUAGAAAAUGUAGCCUACAAUAUUUUAAUCGCAAGGAUUCUCAGAAUAUGUUGUAUUUCGUUAGGUGCUAUGACUCCAUUGUAUGAUUGUUUUUGUUUGUAUGAUCUGUUAUCUGUCUGUCAGUUGUGUCUUUGCUGUGUAGGCCCGGCCUACUUAAGAAUCUAACACCAGCAGGAAUAAAGCCAUCAACUGAAA